GGCUUUCCUUGGUGAAAAAAAUUUUUGAGGAUUUUAUUCUACUGAUUUAACUUCCUUAGUACCAUGCUUUUGCGAAGUUCAGGAAAAUUAAAUGUGGGCACCAAGAAAGAGGAUGGUGCGAGCACAGCCCCCACUCCUCGUCCAAAGAUCUUGCGUUGUAAAUGCCACCACCACUGUCCAGAAGACUCAGUCAACAAUAUUUGCAGCACAGACGGAUAUUGUUUCACAAUGAUAGAAGAAGAUGAUUCUGGGAUGCCUGUGGUCACUUCUGGAUGUCUAGGACUAGAAGGCUCAGAUUUUCAGUGUCGGGACACUCCUAUUCCUCAUCAGAGAAGAUCAAUUGAAUGCUGCACAGAGAGGAACGAAUGUAAUAAAGACCUACACCCUACACUGCCUCCAUUGAAAAACAGAGAUUUUGUUGAUGGAUCUGUACACCACAAGGCCUUACUUAUAUCUGUGACUGUCUGUAGUUUGCUUUUGGUCCUUAUCAUUUUAUUCUGUUACUUCAGGUAUAAAAGACAAGAAACCAGACCUCGGUACAGCAUUGGGUUAGAACAGGAUGAAACUUACAUUCCUCCUGGAGAAUCCCUGAGAGACUUAAUUGAGCAGUCUCAAAGCUCAGGAAGUGGAUCAGGACUCCCUCUGCUGGUCCAAAGGACUAUAGCUAAGCAGAUUCAGAUGGUGAAACAGAUUGGAAAAGGUCGCUAUGGGGAAGUUUGGAUGGGAAAGUGGCGUGGCGAAAAGGUAGCUGUGAAAGUGUUCUUCACCACAGAGGAAGCCAGCUGGUUCAGAGAGACAGAAAUAUAUCAGACAGUGUUGAUGAGGCAUGAAAACAUUUUGGGGUUCAUUGCUGCAGAUAUCAAAGGAACAGGGUCCUGGACCCAGUUGUACCUAAUCACAGACUAUCAUGAAAAUGGUUCCCUUUAUGACUAUCUGAAGUCCACCACUCUAGACACUAAAUCGAUGCUGAGGUUGGCCUACUCUUCUGUCAGUGGCUUAUGUCACUUACACACAGAAAUCUUUAGUACUCAAGGCAAACCAGCAAUUGCCCAUCGAGAUCUGAAAAGUAAGAACAUCCUGGUGAAGAAAAAUGGAACUUGCUGUAUAGCUGACCUGGGCCUGGCUGUUAAAUUUAUUAGUGAUACGAAUGAAGUUGACAUACCACCCAACACUCGAGUUGGCACCAAACGCUAUAUGCCUCCGGAAGUGUUGGAUGAGAGCUUGAAUAGAAAUCACUUUCAGUCUUACAUCAUGGCCGACAUAUAUAGCUUUGGACUCAUCCUUUGGGAGGUUGCUAGGAGAUGUGUAUCAGGAGGUAUAGUGGAAGAGUACCAGCUUCCCUAUCAUGACCUAGUGCCGAGUGACCCCUCUUACGAGGACAUGAGAGAGAUUGUAUGCAUCAAGAAGCUGCGUCCCUCAUUCCCCAACCGCUGGAGUAGCGAUGAGUGUCUAAGGCAGAUGGGGAAACUAAUGACAGAAUGCUGGGCUCACAAUCCUGCAUCGAGGCUCACAGCCCUGCGUGUUAAGAAAACACUUGCCAAAAUGUCAGAGUCCCAGGACAUUAAACUCUGAUAUGAAGGAAAAAGUAAGCAUCUCUGCGGAAAGCUAACAGAUCCUUUUCUGUCUGUGUGUAGAGCAAGAGAUGUUAAGAAGCAUCCAUAGUACAAGCCUUGAACAUCGUCCUGCUUCCCAUUGGGUUCAAACCUCACCUCUCAGGGAGCAACCUGGACAAAGACAGAAAAGUUCCCAGAAGCACAGAUUCAUCUGCAUCUGUUUGUAGGAGGGAGAUUCCGCUUGGGUAACUUGUUCAAGAUAUAAGGCGUGUUGCUUUCUAAGAAAGCCCUGUAUUUUGAGAUUGCCUUUUUUUUUUUUUUUAAAAAGAUGCUUUAAUUUUGCCAAAAUAAAACUAAUAAUGUGGAUGUUUUAAGGUUUAUACUAUUAGAGUUUAAAUAAUAAAAAAAGUUCUUCCCAGAAACUGUUGGAAGGUAUAGAUUAUGUUUUUCCUUUGGUAAAAUACCGUUGCACUCUACAAACUGAAUGACAGUCUGUGAAGCUGGAGAGUCUAGAAUGGAGCUCAUCCUAACCCCCGCCCCACCUCAGACCACUUUGGCCAGCCCUGUAUUUGGGACUGCCACAGCAAUGUGAAUGCACCUGGGUACAAAUACUGCCUGUCAGGGACCACGUCUUGUAAUUCCUGCAGGUGGCCUUUUGCAGCUUCAGACAAUAUGGAACAAAUGAAGGUUUUAUGUGACUCUAAUAGAAGUAAGUGUUGAUAGUUGUUCUUCAGAACCACUUUGUGUUUCUGAUUGUUAGGCAUUUCUUUCAUGGUAAAAUCUCUUCCUUUUCAUUAAGCACAAAGCUAAAAUCUCUUCCUUUUCAUUAAGCACAAAGCUUUUUUUUUUUUUUUAUGUGCAGAGAAUUAACCUGUGCAUGCUUUGGAUCUCUCAAAUCAAAGGAUCAAUAUUAAAUAAAAUUGCCAUGAGAUGUAUUGAAGACAAGGUGCUUUAAAAUAGAGAUAAUUUGCUCUUGUGUUGUGAGAAGAUCAUGUCAACAAGGUAGGAGGAUAGGCUGAGGGUGCAGGUGGAUUAUUUCUUCCGUACGUAAGGGAGCCAGUCUCAGAAGCACAAGGAAAAACUGUAUGCAUACCUUAUUUUGUAAAGAAGAAGAUGGUUUCUUUUUGUUAAAUUGUCUUUUUUUGUGUGUCUGAGUUAAGGGAUAGAGAGGAAGCAUCUAUUAGGUUAAUUUAACAAAAAUUUAAUUUAAAAAUAGAGAAAUAUAACCUCUAGAUGGGACAGCAGAGGAGAGUUAGUGGAGACCACAAAAUAUUGUGGCUGCUAUGAUUUAUUAUUCUAGAAUAGAUAUGGAUCAAGUAUGUUACAUCUUAAGUGAUCAUUUCACACUUUAGGAAUGCUGAUUUGUUUUAUUUUAUUCUAAUGAUGUUCAGUUCACUAUUUAUUAUUUUUUUUUCUGUGACACUUGUGUAAAACAUCUCUUUACCUGCUCACUACUACGGGGUUUUAACUUUGGAGCAACAUGAAUAAAAUCAUUGACACGGCCAGUAUUCCUUAGCAACAGGAAUAUAAUAAAGUAUAAAAUUUUAUACAUCCCUUUCAACUUCAUUCAUUUACUCUUCCUUACUGUGGCUUUCUUUUUCUUCUUGGAGAUUCUGGAGUGAUUAGUAAAGAUUUGGAACUACUUCCCCUUGGCCUUUUAAAAAAAGACGUUCACUCUAGCCUCCUCCAGGGGGCAGUGUUUUAUAACACAUUUUCACAACUGGGUGACUACAAUUUUUGAAAAUUUGACAGCUGCAUGAAAAAUGAGAAAAUAUUUUCCUCACUUCUGAAGUAGUCUUGCAGCUGGUGACUUGUUCAUCCAGAAAAGAUCUUAGAGCAAUGAGUGUGUGUGAGCUGUGCUUACAGGUGGGGAAAUCAGGAGAAACACAGCAUUCUGUAUUCUGCAUUCACUUCCCAAUGCUUAAUAGCCACAUUGCAUUUGUAACUAAGAAGAAUUUCUUAAUCCUUGAAUUUGAAAACAUGUUCUCUUCUGGUUUUUUUAAAGGGUAAAGACAGAUGGUUCCAAAUAUAAUUGUAAUCAGAAUUCUGCUUUUACUGAUAUUAAAAUAACCUCACUAGCAAUAUAAAGGUUCCUUUCUCUUGUGUCAAAUUAUAUUCUUUGUGAUAACUUAGAAUGAACAUGUGGUUAGAACGAAGUGUGAUGAUCAUCUGGACCUUAGAAACUUCAGUGCCUCUAAUCAGAUCAUCUACAAACAAAUAAAUAACAUUUAUGCUGUUUAAGUGGGGACAUGUUUGUGUUUCUUGGGUUUUCCCUGAAUUUAAGUAUGGUUGGGCUUACCUCUUAGAUAAAGUUGUGCUUUCUUUUUGGUAAGUUCUCAAACAUGGAUAACCUCAAAUCAGAAUAUUUUGUGGAGAGGUGACGAUUUGAAAGUGAAGUAGAUUUCUACGGAGGUGUUGAUUCUAAUAAAAAAUGGGAGAAAUUAAAAUAGUAUUCAUAUUUCUUAUAUAUUAUUUGUGUGGUUGCUUUGGAAAAAAAUCAGUAGCUUACUUUCUAAUCUCCAACCUGAUUUAUUCACUAUGAAUAUUUAAAAAUUAUUCCUGAGAUACUUAAAAAGACCCACUUACCUAUUAUAGUCUUUCAGUGACACAAUUUAUUUAUGAAUAGAUUCUUCUCUGUAUCUUACCAAACUCCACUUUACUUAGGUAAUGCUAAAUUGUUCUUAAAGACUACCUAUUCACUUCUCAAUAAUCCUUUAUGAUUUUUGAAUUUCUAGCAGCUCAGAAGUGAAUUUUAUUUUAUUUUUUUUCACUUGAAUAAGUGAAAACCUAAAAAUUAAUAAUGUAGUUGAUUGCCUAUUUUCAGCACUAUCUCAGAGACUAAGAUUUUCCUCUAAUCCCCCCACAGGAAUCCUAAAUUAUUAGUUAUUAGAUAAUUUUUGUAUGCUAAGAUGUUCAGGUUUAUAGUUUAUGUGUGUGUAUAUAUUAUAUAAAUAUAUAUAAAUAUAAAUAUUCAGUUUGGAGUCUGGCACAACUCCAUUAUGUGGAUUACAGAGUUAAAAUAUUAUGGAUGAUAAAGUACUAAGUGAAUCAUAAUAUUUAUUUAUGAAAAUGUGUAGAUUGUUAAAUCAUAGGUGAAGUGCUGUGAACACUGCGUAUUAGGAGAAAGGCCUUUGACCUCCUGGAAAGCACCGCUCAAAAGUCACUAGUGACCAUUCUUUUAUUGCCCAAAGAGAAAGCUUCUUAAAAAACACGCCGAGAUUUUAUUUACAGGGAAUUCUUUGACACAUUUCAAUUGGUGUGUAGUCAAGUAUAGCAAGUACUUCAUAAUGACCACAUUUCAUGCCUGUUCAUUAGACAUUUUAUGUUGUUGGUCUGUUCUGAUUCUUCCUUGUUUGCAGGUGGAAAGGCACUGAGUGUUUUUUAAACUUGAAUAUGUUGAGUAGUCAUAUGUCCUUAAGAAACAGUCACGUAGCAGGGAAAUGAAAAGUGGCAUCAGGAGUGAUUUAAUUUAGCAAUUAUGAUUCUUCUUGUAAAACAAAACAAAAUGCAAUAUUUUUUUGAGAAAAAUAUAUAGGGUCUUGUCUGUUCCAAAAGAAGACUCAUUUGUGUUAUUUUGGGGAACCAGUGCCUUACAGAAUUUGUAUAUACUGUAAUUAUUCAGGACAAGGGAACAAACAAUUGUAUUUGUUACGAAUUGUACAUGGCUUUGUUUUAACAUUCCCCUAAAUAAAGCGGUUUCAUUCUCCCCUUGGGGGGAAAAAACAUGACUGUUA